GGGAACUAAUACCGGGCGCCGCUCCGACAUCUCUAUUCCCGCCUCUCCGACCAGGUCUUACCUCGCUCCUGGGCAGCUGCGCGGAGAACUGGGGCUCACCAUCAUGGAUGCACUAUCAGAAGCAAAUGGCACAUUUGCAUUAAACCUUUUGAAAAAGCUAGGGGAAAACAACUCCAACAUGUUUUUUUCACCCAUGAGCAUGUCGUCAGCCUUGGCCAUGGUCUUCAUGGGGGCAAAGGGAAACACCGCAGCUCAGAUGUCUCAGGCACUUUGUUUUAGUAAAAUCAGAGGUGAAGAUGGAGAUAUUCACCGAGGUUUCCAGUCACUUCUUGUUGCAAUUAACAGCACUGACACUAAAUAUGUGCUUAGAACUGCCAACGGGCUCUUUGGAGAAAAGUCUUAUGAUUUCCUCACAGGUUUUACAGAUUCCUGUGGCAAAUUCUACCAAGCAAAGAUAAAACAGCUUGACUUUGUGAAUGAUACAGAGAAGUCCACAACACAUGUAAACUCCUGGGUUGCUGAUAAGACUAAAGGUAAAAUUACAGAGGUGCUGUCUCCACAUUCAGUUGACUCAUUGACUAAGCUGAUUCUUGUGAAUGCCAUCUACUUCAAAGGAAGCUGGAAGUCCUUUGAACAACACAAAACGAGGGAAAUGCCUUUUAAAAUCAGCAAGAACAAAGAAAAACCUGUGCAAAUGAUGUUUCAGAAAUCUACUUUUCAAAUGACCUAUGCAAAAGAAAUAUUAACCAAAAUUCUACUGCUUCCUUAUGUUGGAGAGGAGCUGAAUAUGAUCAUCAUGCUUCCAGAUGAAAACACUGAUUUGAAAGCGGUGGAAAAAGAACUUUCUUAUGAGAGAUUCAUAGAAUGGACAAUGCCAGACAAGAUGCAUAAAGGAGAGAUGGAAGUUUUCCUUCCUAGAUUUAAACUGGAGGAAAAUUACAACAUGGAAGAUGUCCUUCAUAGUAUGGGCAUGGUCGACGCCUUUGAACAGGGCAGGGCAGACUUCUCAGGAAUGUCGUCUAAGAAGGGGCUGUACUUGUCCAAGGUCAUGCACAAGUCCUUUGUGGAGGUCAAUGAGGAAGGCACAGAAGCAGCAGCAGCUACCACCUUAAAAGUAGCUUUCUUGUGUCGCAGAUACCCCCUCAGGUUCUGUGCAGACCAUCCCUUCCUUUUCUUCAUCCAGCACAGGGAAACCAAUGGUAUUCUCUUCUGUGGCCGGUUUUCUUCUCCAUAAGGAAAUAGUAGUCAUUGAAUGUAGUCCUUCUCUUUUCUCUAACUGACCUACUUUUUCUCUACACCUCAUAGUGUACCUACAAACCCAAAGUGAUUUUAUUAUUGCAGUGGUCAAAAAUGAGAUAUUAGGAGCCUAAUUUUGAAAUUCCUUGUUCAGAACCCUUCUGUGUAUGUUUGUAGGUUAAAUAUUUUCUAAAGUUGGAAGUUGACAUUCUUCAAGGAUCUUGUGGUUACUUGGGCAGUGAUAUCUCUAACCAUUCAGCCAAACCACUCUGCUUGGAACUAGCUAUCUCCCUCUCCUUUGUUGCUACUUUUCUUUCUUCUCUGCUGAAUAGUAUUGACAUAUAGACCCAUUUUUAAUGAGAUAAUAGAGAGUGAAAUGGAGAAUGGGUAGGAGAUGUGGGCAGCAGGUCUCAGAAAUCCAUAGAAGCAACCUCUAUUCGAACUUUACCAGCAAUUCCGAGGCCAGCACAGAGGGUGAGAGAGCAGUUAACUCAGACCAGUGAGAAAUCAGUCCAAUUUCCUGUGCGUUUCUGCCUUAUUUGUAGUUUGCAUUCAUAGGGAUUAGUGGGUCACAAACCUGUUCAAACAUGCAACUAUUCACUUUCUCUGAAAAUUUAUAAUUGUUAUCAGGAGGCAGAGAUGAAUAGAUAAUGUUCUAUUCACAGUUUGAGACAGCUUCAUGGGUAUACAGUACAUGUCUUUCUAUUUUAUUUCAAAUAUUUUUUGAAAGGCACCUCAGGUUUCUGUAGCCAUUUGUAUUACAGGCUUGAAAUGAAAUUGCAGUGUUCAGUGAUAAGAGAACACAGUGAUUAGUUAGAUUGAAGAGGGAGAUUGGUACUGUUUUCUAGGGGACAGCAAAAAGGACUCAUUCCAUCAACACCUCUGCAGUCAGAAGAACCUUGGGCAGCCCCUUAUUUCACUGACACCACUCAUAUUUUCAUUCCACAGCUGGUUCACUUUUCCCUUUUGGCCCAAGCCAGCGAAUUAGCUGCAGGGAGGGAACAGGACUGAGGAGUACAAGGAAACAUCCACGUUGUAUGUGGGCUGAGAGAGGAAAGAGGGAGUAUCAGAGAUUGUAGUGUUUGUCAUUCUCAUUCUUCUGCCUCUUCUGCCCAACACUUGCACUUGGAAAGCGUAAUCCUAGGUGGGGAAUAAUCAGUUAAUGUGAUUCUUUCACUGCAGAGAGAGCUUCUGAGUGUUACAGCCAGGGGCAAUAGGCUGGCACCCUGUUCCUUAUGGAAAGGCAUGCCUUCUUGCACAGCCUUGCAGGAAGUCCAGUUAAGUAGGUUAGGAGUUGGGAGCUGGAAGUGUAAAUGGAGUAGCUUCCUACCAUCCAUGCAUGUGGGAAUGUGGUUUUUUUGUUUGUUUGUUUUUGUUUUUGUUUUGUUUGUUUUUUAUUUUUUUUUUUGACGGAGUCUCACUCUGUCACCAGGCUGGAGCGCAGUGGCACAAUCUCGGCUCACUGCAACCUCUGGUUCCUAGGUUCGAGCAAGUCUCCUGCCUUAGCCUCCCGAGUAGCUGAGAAUAUAGGCGCAUGCCACCACGCCCAGCUAAUUUUUGUAUUUUUACUAGAGAGGGGUUUUUACCAUGUUGGCCAGGAUGGUCUCGAUCUCCUGACCUUGAGAUCUGCCUGCCUCAGCCUCCCAAAGUGCUGGGAUCACAGGCGUGAGCCACUGUACCUGGCCAGGAAUGUGUUUUUUAAAUUGUUCCUGGGAUGAGAAUAUUCAGAUCCUAUCAAUAGUGAAUUAUAAAAGUUAAUGAUAUUGGUUUGAUCUGUUAUAGACCUAUAAUGCAAUCAGACUUUAGCCAUGUAAAUCACAAUACAUAAAAGGUAAUAAUAUACAUAUUGGCCAAGAGGAUCUUGUAAAAUUAUGUUUGUCAUAUUCUCUUUGAAGAGUUAUCAUUCAAUAUUUUAUUUCUGUCUUGUAAGGCCUGAAACCCCAUGUGCUGCCUUGACAUCUAUGGGCUUCUCAGGGCCUCAGAGGCCUGGCCAUGCAGUCCCCUGCUCUUGUCAGAGUCAGAUAUGUGCACCCUAUUCACUCACUGAGCAGGAAGGCUCCUCGCCCAUCUAAGUUCCCCUAUCAGCCAGUCAGCUGUACUCCACCUGGGUCUCAACCUGGCUCACUUCCCUGCCUGCCAGGAAACUUAUUCAACUAGCCUGUCACAUUUGGAGGAGCCAGGAAUCGCCUCUUCCUCUUGUUACUAUAAAGCCUGCCUUCCAUAGCCCCUGCUGGUUCACUGUAUUCCCAAAUGCAACUCUCCUGUGACCCUGCAUGGCAUGUGGUGACCUCCCUCCCUGUGAGCAGAUGUGACUAAUAAACUGCUGCCAAUUUCAUCUGUCCAUUGUCUCAUGCUAUGUGUCUGGUUAUCUCCUACUAGUUAGUGGGGAAGAUCCCUCCUUCACCAACAAGGUGAAUAUGAGAUAAUCAAAACAACUACAAUUCAGUGAAAGGUGCAGCCUCCCAAAUAAUGAUUCCAUGUCUUUUGUGAAAUUGCACUAAGACAUUUCCUUUACAUUAUGUAGUGUUUCUUGUAAGUAUCCACAAAGUGAGUUCCAUUUAGAACUGAAUUAUAGGAAAAAAAGUUGAUCUCACCUCCUCAGAUAUGUUUACCGAAUACCUUCUUUGCAUUGGACAUUUUGCAUAGAUUAUUUAAUCCUCAGGGAUAAUAAACCCAAGAGGAAUCCGAGACUCAGAAGUUAAGUAGCUUGAACAAGUUCUUGUGGCUAGCAACGAGGUAGAAUGUGGAUCCAAUGUCUGGUAAUGCCAAAAACUGGAAAAUUACUCAAACAAGCCUGGUACAUCUAGAAGAGCCAUGGGCAAUCUCUUCCUCUUGUUAUCGUGAAACUUACCUAUAUCAGCUCCUACCAGAAGGGCAGCUGUCAGCACAGUGCAGGAAGAGUAGGGACCAGAAACCUGUCUCCCUUUAACAUGAAGUCUGAUUUCUUUGGCUGUGUUAUCCCAUCUGAAAAGUGGGGCUCAGAAACUUCCGGCACCAAAAGCACAUCAUGUUUGAUCCAGGGAUGAGCAUCCUGGGAUAUGGACCUAAGGUCAUCUGGGUGCUAUGAACUCUGCAAGCAUUUCUACCCCCUCCAGGAGUCCUGAAUGGAGGUCCUGAGAGCCUUCACUCCUCCUAUGCAUCAAUAAGUGGGAACUCUAAGGCUCUUGAAUCCCUCUUCUCAAAGAGGGCUGCAGGGCCACAGUUGCAAAGGAGAGGUCCAGAACAGGGGAUGGUUUGGAGACUGAGAAGAUGGAUGCUGUACCUGCACGAAGUCCCCCUCCAGAAGCUGAUGCACUUCUGCAUGGGAAAGGUGGCCUUUCCUUUCCUGACCUGAAGCUUCUGUGUUGAAGGAGACGGAGUGGGAGAGGACUGGAGGCAGGUUUCCAGUCAUGUGGGCUUGCUGCACAAGCUGACAUUGAUCUGAUACUCACAGGUCAUAGCGUCAUAGCAUGGACCAUGCACACCUGAUUGGCAUAUCUAGUGGCUGUUGGGGAACGCAGCAUAAAAUUCCUCUCCCACCAAUACUAGUAUUGACUUCAGAUGUAGUUUUCUUUCUUUCGUUUUCUUUCUUCUUUUUUCUUUCUUUCUUUCUCUUUCUUUCUUUCUUUCUUUCUUUCUUUCUUUCUUUCUUUCUUUCUUUCUCUUUCUUCUCUCUCGCUCUUCUUUCUUUCUCUCUCUCUCCCUUCCUUCCUUCCUUGCUUCCUUCCUUCCUUGCUUCCUUCCUUCCUUCCUUCCUUUCAAGACAGAGUAUCGCUCUGUCACCCAGGCUACAGUGGUGCAAUCUCAGCUCACUGUAACCCCCGCCU